CCAGUUGAGGUGUGAGCAGCUGCGGGAGUCAGUUCCUUGUGGGGUCAGAGCUGGGCGCGGAUUCGCCGAGGCACCGAGGCACUCAGGAGGUGAGGGAGCGGCGGCAGCCAACAGGGGACCCCAGGCCGCCGGCCCAGAGCCGAGCCGAGCGUGCCUGCCUGUGUCCGUGCGUGUCGCGGGUAUACGUGUCCGCGGGUGUGUGCUGCGUUCACAGGUGUUUCUGCGGCAGGCGCCAUGUCAGAAGAGAUUGGGGAUGUCCGUCCGAACCCAUCCAGCAGCAAGGCCCGCCGCUGCCUCUUCGGCCCAGUGGACAGCGAGCAGCUGAGACGCGAUUGUGACGCGCUGAUGGCAGGCUGCAUCCAGGAGGCCCGUGAGCGAUGGAACUUCGACUUUGUCACCGAGACACCACUGGAGGGUGACUUCGCCUGGGAGCGUGUGCGGGGCCUUGGCCUGCCCAAGAUCUACCUUUCCAAAGGGCCCCUGGGAGGAGGCAGGCGGCCUGGCACCUCGCCUGCUCUGCUGCAGGGGACAGCGGAGGAAGACCACGUGGACCUGUCGCUGUCUUGCACCCUUAUGCCUCACUCAGGGGAGCGGCCUGAGGAGUCCCCAGGUGGACCUGGAGACUCUGAGGGUCGAAAACGGCGGCAGACUAGCAUGACAGAUUUCUACCACUCCAAACGCCGGCUGAUCUUCUCCAAGAGGAAGCCCUAAUCCGCCCAGUCCUGGAAACGCGAGGGCCUCUACACCUUCUGCCUUAGUCUUUCAGUGUGUGUGUCUUAAUUAUUAUUUGUGUUUUAAUUUAAACUCCUCCUCCUGUACAUACCCUGGCUGCCCCCUGUCCCCCAGCCUCUGGCAUUAGAAUUAUUUAAACAAAAACUAGGCAGUCGAGUAAUAGGUUCCUCGGAGUGCUGGGCAUUUGUAUUUGAUGAAAGACUAUUUAAAACCUUCUCAUCCGAUUUCUCCGUGUCCUCUCUCCUGGAGGUCGGGCGGGCUGGCUUCCCCCAGUUACUUCCUCCUCCCCACUUGUCUGCAGAGUGGCACGGCACCCCCUGGAGGGACGAGGCUGCCUCCCCUCGCUGUCACAGGGGGCUAUGAAAUUCACUCCCUUUCCUGGACACUCAGGCCUGGGUACCUUUUAAUUGGAGAAGUAAAGAGAUGGCACUUUGAAGGGGCCUUGCUGAGUGCGGGCAUCAUCAAAACCUGCCCUGCCCAGUCUUAGAGGAGGACCCUUGACCUCUAAGGUCGGGUAGGGUGACCCUGAAGUGAGUGUGGCCUAGGGCAGGGCUGGGGACCUGGUACCCUCCUGCUCUUGAUGCUCCCCUCUGUCCUGUGAAGGCAGGGGACCUCCCCGCCUGCCCUCAUGGCCCCUCUGACACGCACUGGGGAGCCGGCCUCAGUGUUGAGCCUUCUCCCUCUUUGGCUCCUCCUGUACUUUUUGAGGAGCCCCAGCUACCCCUCUUCUCCAGCAGGGCUCUGCAGUUCCCCUCUGCUGCUCUCCCACACCCCGUCCUUUCCCUCCAGUACCCCCUCAGCUCCACGUGGCUCUGAGGUGCCCAUCCCUACCCGCCCCCCCCCAGCUCAAUAGACUGGAAGGGGAAUGGACACACAGGAAGAAGGGCACCCUGGUUCUACUUCUGGCAGCUCAAGCAGCGACCGCCUCCUCUUUUAGCUCCGCGUGUGAGGGUCCUGUGUGGUGGCACAGUCCCCCUUGAGUGGGGAUCGCUGUAUGUUAGGGGUAUGUGAUGGGGGAGGGGAUCUUUCUAGAAGGGAGAUACCAGCCCCUCAAAUCGUCCAGCAACCUUUCCUGUCCAUGUCAUCCCUCCCCAGUUCAUUGCACUUUGAGUAGCAGCUGAACAAGGAGUCAGGCUUUUGUUUUUUUUUGAGAGAGAGAGAGUCUCAUACUGUCUCCUGGG